CGUAAAUUCGAGAUUCCACAAUUGGAGAAGGCGUGCAUUGUGCUGUUGGGCGAUAUAAGUCCAUCGGUUGCGGUCGCGUUGAUUGAGCAGGCCGAUAAACACCGCUCGAAACAACUCAUCGAAAAGUGUUUUGAGGUGAUCGAUGCUGAAACUGACGGCGCUCUAUCGGCUGAUUCGUUGACGAGAUUGACAAAAGAAUCGCUGAAAAGAGUUGUGGAACGGUCGCAGUUGUCGCCAUCCGAUGAAAUUAUGAUAUUUCGUGCCGUAUGCGCAUGGGCUGAAGCGGAGUGCGCACGUCAAGGUGAUAACUCACCGACACCAGAAAAGAAGCGACAAGUGCUGGGUGAUGUCUUCAAUGCGGUACGAUUCCCAACAAUGAGCGUGGAGGAGUUCGGCGAAGUUGGUAGGUGUAAAUUGAUAAAUUGCAAAUUUUUUUUGAAACUUCCGCAUUAUUUGUUUGGAUCGAUUAUUUCGAUUGUGAAGUAA